CCCGCUCCAUAUCCAACCCCUCCCUCCCGUGUCCGACCCAGAGGCCAUUCAUCACCGGGGAGGUCCCCCCGCUUGGCUCCUCCCUCUCCCUGUUAUCGGUUUGGUUCGUCCUCCGCCUGCGGUGGGCGUCGCGGCGGCAAUGGCGUGCCUGGUGCCGCAGUUCAAGCCCCCGCCCACCUCCGACGCCCACUCCAGGCUCUCUCUCCCCUCGCUUCACCCAAAGGCCAGAGAAUCAGUUUGGUCCCAGGUUCGGUGUGUUUUAUCCCCUAAAACAGCUCUGAUUGAUUUUGAGCAAAUACCUAAGUUGGAAGCACGUUCAACUUCCUUAUCUACCUGUGCCAUUAAACCGUUGACCUAUACUGGAGCUGUUGGCCUACCGACCAAGACUAGCUUCGAAGCAACCUGGGCUUCGGAAGCACUUCUCACGAAUGAGGAGGCAGUAAUAGCAGCAGCAGCAGCUGAAGCAGUUGCUCUUGCUAGAGCAGCACUUGAACUUGCCAAAGAUGCAGCUCAGAUGAUCAGGAAGAGUCCAUCAGCAGAAGUUGAGAAUGUUAACCUUUCCAAAACAGAAUGGACUGGCAUGACCAACCAUUCUGUUGCCACUGAAACUACUUCCCUUGAAGACAGUGUUACCCUCGACGAAUCUGUGCGUAAAGAUAUUUCCAGUUCAACGUACAAUGAAACUGAAGUAGAAGAAACGGAAUAUUGUGGAAACAUUGCUGUGAGAUCUGGGCGUCAAACUGAAAGAAGAGCUAGAAGGGCAAGGGCAGCAGAAAAGGCUGCUGCUGGUGUUUUAAAUUUGAAGUCCGGGUCAUCUGGAAAGAAAAAACGUUCUACUCUUCAGGAGAUUGAUUAUUCAGAUCCCUUGCAUUACUUAAGGGGAACAACAAGCACAUCAAGGCUUCUCACAGCAGCUGAAGAGGUCGAAUUAUCAGAAGGAAUUCAGGAUCUACUAAAGCUGGAAAGGUUACAACAGGAUCUCACAGAGCGAAAUGGUUGUCAACCAACCUUUGCCCAAUGGGCCGCAGCUGCUGGAAUUGACCAGAAGGUUCUUAGAAAACGCUUAAACUAUGGCACCUUUUGCAAGGACAAAAUGAUUACAAGUAACAUACGACUUGUUAUAUCAAUAGCAAAAAACUAUCAGCAUGCAGGAAUGAACCUUCAAGAUCUUGUUCAGGAAGGAUGCAGAGGCCUCAUAAAGGGUGCUGAAAAAUUUGAUGCUUCUAAGGGGUUUAAGUUUUCAACAUAUGCACAUUGGUGGAUCAAACAGGCUGUUCGAAAAUCUCUUUCAGAACAAUCCAGGACUAUUCGGUUGCCUUUUCACAUGGUUGAAGCCACAUACCGAGUAAGAGAGGCCAAAAAGCAACUAUACAGUGAGAACGGAAGGCAUCCUGAUCAUGAAGAAGUCGCAGAAGCCUCUGGGUUGUCAAUGAAGAGGUUUGCUGCAGUGAUGCUGACCCCUAAAGCUCCGAGAUCUCUGGAUCAGAAGAUUGGGAUCAAUCAGACCUUAAAACCUUCAGAAGUUAUUGCUGAUCCUGAUGCUGAGACAUCGGAAGACAUACUCAUCAAGCAAUUCAUGAGAGAGGAUCUGAACAAGGUGCUGGAUACUUUAAAUCCAAGAGAGAAGCGGGUCGUGAGAUGGAGAUUUGGAUUAGAAGAUGGAAGGAUGAAGACACUGCAAGAGAUAGGGGAGCUGAUGGGAGUAAGCCGGGAGAGGAUUCGGCAGAUCGAGUUCUGCGCUUUUAGAAAACUAAAAAGCAAGAAGAGAACAAAGAAUUUGCAGCAGUAUAUAAUUUCGUAAGUCUAUUUUCGCCCCAUCGUCGUCGCUGCACAUUCUUUUUCUCGCAUCCAACCAUCAGAAUUUGUACUUCUCCACUUCACAUUUUGCUUAGGCUGAGGAAACAUGUAAAAUUUAUAGUAGAGAACUUGCAAUUGUUUAAUCAAAGCUUCCAAAAUUAGCAGUGAUCUAUCUGUGUUUGCUGAUUGUGCUGGAUAUGAAUUCCAGGAUACACUGAUGUAAAAAUCAACAUUUGGUUGGUAAUUCUCCAUAAA